AUGAGGAAUUUUGUAUUAGUGAAUAUUUCAACUAAAAUUUUAGCCAUUUAGGUUUAAUAUUAUUUUUAUGAAUCAUUCACAUAGUAGGAGUCGUAGUCGAAGUAGAGAGAAGUAAUUGAGACCUUAGGAGACGUGUUAACAUAAUUUGUAGUAGAUAAAGAAGGUGUUUAUGGAUGUAAGGAUUAAUGUGAAAUAAAAAUAAGGGUAGACCAAAUACAAAUCCAGAGGAUGUUAGAAAGUAUCGUUAAGCAAAUCGUAUUUUUAUAAAAUCAUCUCAUUCUUUUGUUCCUGAUCCAAUAUUAAGAUUUGAAGAUAUAUAUUGUUUUCCAAGACCAUUAUAGGAAUUAAUAGUAAAGGCUGGAUUUACAGGUCCAACACCAAUAUAAGCAUAGAGUUGGUCAAUUGGUUUGACAGGUCAUGAUUUAAUAGGGAUAGCAUAG